AUGACCUCCAUGGAUAUGAACGCAACCCAGUGCACAUCAUGCUCAAUGUUUGUGUUCCUUGAGCAAGUGUUUGAGGGUGAAUACUGUUGUGCAAAGUGUGUGAAAAUGGUUACUCUGGAAGCCCAGAUUCUGGAUUUAGAGAACCGACUGGCAACACUGAGGAGCAUUAAUAACAUGGAGAAGAGUUUGGACUUGACUGAACAGGUGCUGGCAGGAGCCAGGUUAGAGGAGGGUGGUAACAUGGAGGAGCAGGACUCAGAGGUGCUCGGGUUCAGCAUAUUGCGGAUCAGAUGGACAGAUUAUCGGGUGGCGCUGGGGAAGACUCAUACCGUCACAGAUCUAAAUAACCGCAUCUUCAGGAACAUGGACAAGUUCCUUGCUAAACGCCGAACCGGUCAUCGCGGCAAAGGCACUCCUGUCCGGGGUAAGCAACCACAGACUCAGCCCAAGAUGGCCACCACUCCCAACAUGCGGGAUGUUAGCGCCUCCAUGGAGGAAGGCAUGCCGGCACUAUCCGACCACAGCAUGAUAGCAGCAGAAGUGGCCAAACUACUUCGCCCCACUAUACAGGACGCCGUUAACAAGGCGGUAAGCAAGGGCAUACAAUCCCUACGCCAUGAUCUCCUGCAUCAGGCCCAAAGGAUUAUCGAGGCAGAAUCCCGGAUAGCAACCUUAGAGGAAGGAAUGGAUUCUUCAACAUCCCACAUGCAAUCCACUACCAAACAGGUCCAACUCCUAAUAGACAAGGUAGAUGACCUCGAGAAAUCGCUCUCGCCUAAACAACAUAAGGAUCGUAGGCCUACCAGAGUCAUACCGACCAUCGAUGCUGGCGUCUAUCUGCGCUCACAACAUUCCAGAUCUUCUAGGCCAAGACCCAGUGUGCAAGGUGGAACCUCCAAACGGUCAGCACACGGUUCUGAUGCCAGUGUCGAACACCCUCCAGGAGCAGCCCAACCGAGCGAGUACGACGGGAAAAAGGACACAAGAGAGAAAGCAGAUCUAAGUGUUGUAGGGUACACCACAAUAAAGCAGGAGGGGUUUUGUAGCCUGUACAACGAAUGCGGCAGAAAUCCUGAAAUUACCAGCAGCCUGAUCCCACCUAUCAUUCCUUGUUUAUCCAACACUCCAGCCAGGAAGCUCGAUGGAACUCAUCUACGAUAUCUCCAGGAUGUCUGUCCGAUGCUUUACAAUGGAGAUGACAAUACUUAUGCAUGCUGCUCUAUCACCCAGCUGGAGAGUAUCCAGAGGAGCUUUGCAUUAUCUCAGGUCAUUCUAAAUCGAUGUCCAUCUUGUGCCCAAAACUUUGCCAAUAUCCAUUGUCAGAACACUUGUGGCCCAAAUCAAAGUUUAUUCAUCAAUGUCACACGUACAGUUGAUGCCAUUGUAGAUGGGAAGCCUGAGAAAGGUGUGUUGGCCUACGAAUGCUACUACAGGCGAGAAUUUGCAGAAAAAUCAUAUGACUCCUGUAGGAAUGUACGAUUGCCCUCCACAGGGGGUUUUGCCAUUUCUACCAUGUGUGGGAAAUAUGGAGCAGAAUUUUGCUCAGCUCAGCGGUGGUUUGACUUCCAAGGGGAUGUCAGUAAUGGACUGGCACCUUUAGCAAUUCAUUUCAGGUUUUCGGAAAAUGACACUGUGGUUGGUGGUGGCGUGGAACCCCAUAAUAGCAAAGUAUGGAGCUGCAAUGAAGGCCCAGGUAAUGAUCCAGAUAAUGCUUGCACUUGCCAGGACUGCAAAGAGUCAUGUCCUAGCAUCGCUGGACCUAAACCUCUGCCUGACCCAUUUAAGAUAGGAUCAGUUGAUGGGUACUUAGUAAUAAGCAGUGCCCUUUGUGGAAUCUUAAUCUUUUUUUUCAUCAUGUUCCUGAUUAUGACAUGUGCUGUUAAUAGCUGUGGAAAAAAGAAAAGGAAAGAAAUACCACAUAUCAAAUAUUCUGAUCUAAACUGCUCAGAAAAGAUAAGCUUAAAGACUAACCGCUCCAUGGAGAAAGCCUUCCAGUGGUGGGGCACCCGCAUAGCUUCUUACCCUAAGACUGUCAUCUGUGUCUCAUUAGUUCUGGUUGUGGUACUCUCAGCAGGUAUGGCCCUAAUCAAGCUGACUACAAAUCCAGUGGAACUGUGGUCUGCUCCAAACAGCAGGGCAAGACAAGAGAAAGACUUUCAUGAUGCACAUUUUGGACCAUUCUUUAGAACUAACCAGCUAAUUAUCACAGUCAACGAUCGGUCUUCAUACAUCUAUGACUCUCUCUUUUUUGGCCCCCUGAACUUCAGCAGAAUCCUUUCUCCAGAUAUUAUUCUUGAGAUGAUGGACCUUCAGACCAAGCUGCAGAACAUUGCGGUGUGGUCAGAAAAGCAUCAGAAGACUGUGACACUGAAAGAUAUUUGCUAUGCACCCUUAAACCCCUCCAACCCUUCAGACACAGACUGCGCUGUGAACAGUCUGGUGCAAUACUUUCAGAACAACAAGACUCGGUUUAACAUGGAAGUGACACAGACAAUAUCUGGAGAAACGAAAAAAGUGGGGUGGAGGGACCACUUCAUGUACUGCGUCAACUCCCCGCUGUCUUUUAGGGAUGUUACAGAUUUAGAGCUGAGCUGUAUUGCGGAUUAUGGUGCUCCUGUCUUCCCAUUCCUGGCUGUGGGUGGCUAUGAUGACAGUAAAUACUCUGAGUCAGAAGCUCUGAUUCUGACCAUCUCACUGAACAAUUUCGACCGAUCCGACCCCCGGUUUGACUAUGCGAUGCUUUGGGAGGAGGAGUUCCUGAAAGUCUUGAAAGAGUAUCAGAAUGACCCCAACACUAAGUUUACCUUUGCCUAUAUGGCAGAGCGAUCUCUGGAGGAUGAGAUCAGUCGAACCACCACUGAAGAUAUUCCCAUAUUUGCCAUCAGCUAUCUGGUGAUCUUCAUAUAUAUAUCACUGGCCUUGGGGGAGUACAGUAGCUGCCGGAGAGUGCUGGUGGACUCUAAGGUGACCCUGGGCCUUGGUGGAAUUCUGGUUGUCCUCGGAGCCGUAUUGGCAUCAAUGGGUUUUUAUUGCUACCUCGGUGUACCAUCCACGCUCAUCAUUGUUGAGGUUGUGCCCUUCCUGGUUCUGGCAAUUGGAGCAGACAAUAUCUUCAUUUUUGUUCUGGAGCUACAGUUCUAUUAUUCAGACACUGGGAGGGUCCUUGGUUAUGUGGCCCCUAGCAUGUUACUCUGCAGCCUCUCGGAGUCCCUGUGUUUUUUCCUAGGUGCGCUCACACAGAUGCCUGCUGUCCGUACAUUUGCACUGAACGCUGCUCUUGCUAUUCUGUUUGACUUCCUGCUUCAGAUCUCCAUGUUUGUAGCUCUGGUGUCUCUGGACAUGAAACGACAGGAGGCCUCAAGGUUUGACAUCUGUUGCUGUAUCAAGAGCAAUGGUGAGAAGCCAGAGAAGAAAUCUGAGGGGUUGUUGGUGUGGUUCAUGAAGAAGGUGUAUUGCCCCAUCUUACUGAACUCUGUCAGCCGAGUUAUAGUGAUGGUGGUGUUCAUCUUUAUGUUCUGCUGUGGGACUUACUUUAUGAUGCAUUCUCGUGUGGGUCUAAACCAGGAGCUGGCUGUACCUCUGGAUUCCUAUGUGGUGGACUAUUUGAAUCAUCUCAAUGAGUAUUUCGAAGUUGGAGUGCCGACGUACUUUGUCACAACACCUGGUUAUAACUUUUCCAGCCUAGCCGGAAUCAAUGGCAUUUGUUCUAGUGCAGGAUGUGACAAUAAUUCAAUGACGCAGAAGAUACAGUAUGCCACUGACUAUCCCACACGAUCUUACUUAGCUGUCCCAGCAUCCUCCUGGGUCGAUGACUUUGUGGACUGGCUGAAUCCUUCAUCGGACUGCUGUAGAUUGUUACUAAACGGGACCUUCUGCUCUUCUACUAGCACACUACCUGGAUGUAUACGGAGGUGUAUGAGAACUACGAAUGGACCGUUACGACCGACAGUAGACGAUUUUAAUCACUACUUGCCCAUUUUCCUGCAGGAUUAUCCCAAUCUGAGAUGUGCCAAAGGGGGUCUGGGUGCUUAUGACAAUGCUGUCAAGUUCAAUGACCGAGGAGAGAUCAUAGGUAAGAGGGAUCUUCUUCCCAUGUAUGAUGUCACUGGUGUCAUGUUGGUGUUAUUAAAUGGAGUCUAUUUUUUUCCCACAGCCACCCGUUUUAUGGCAUAUCACUCCCCUCUAAAGAACUCUCAGGAGUAUACAGGGGCUCUGAUGCAAGCUAGAGAACUGGCAGCGAACAUCACCGAAUCAUUAAGAAAAGUUCCGGGUACCGACCCUAAUGUAAACGUCUUCCCAUACACGAUUACAUACGUUUUCUAUGAGCAGUACAUGAGCAUUGUUCAGGAAGGUCUCUUCACGCUGGCCCUAUGCCUGCUGCCAACCUUUGCCGUGUGCUGUAUUCUGCUGGGAAUGGACUUACGUUCGGGUCUCAUUAACCUAAUUACCAUUUUCAUGAUCAUCAUAGACACAGUUGGUGUUAUGACCCUGUGGAGCAUUGAUUACAAUGCCAUCUCUCUUAUCAAUCUGGUAACGGCCAUUGGGAUUUCAGUGGAAUUUGUUUCCCACCUUACUCGAUCUUUUGCCAUGAGCAGCAAGCUCACCAAAGUGGAACGGGCAAAAGAAGCCACUAUCUACAUGGGCAGUGCCGUGUUUGCCGGAGUAGCCAUGACUAAUCUCCCAGGGAUCAUUGUUCUGGCCUUCGCGAAAGCUCAGCUCAUCCAGAUCUUCUUCUUCCGCCUAAAUUUAACCAUCACUCUGCUGGGACUUGUACACGGCCUCAUAUUCCUGCCUGUUGCACUCAGCUACUUUGAUGAGAUCAGCUUCUGUGAACGCACUGCACAUGGGGGAAAAGGUUGGCGCCCCCUAGUGGUAGAGCUGCUCGUCCUAAUGGCUGGUCCAUUCCAGUAA